AUGUACCAGCAGGUGGCUGCAUUCAUGGCAAUGAUUGUGGGCAUCCACACUGUCAGUUUGCGGAUCCAGGACUGCAGACACAGGCCCAGCUGCUGCCCCAUCAAAGAGCAGGAUCCUCCCGAGGAGUGGCUGAAGUGGACUACUGUGUCCCUGUCUCCUCCAGAGCCUCCUAGCCUUACCCACCACCCAGAAUCCUGCAGGUCGAGUGAAGACGGACCCCUCAACAGCAGGGCCAUCUCCCCCUGGAGAUAUGAGUUGGACAGGGACUUGAACCGGCUUCCCCAGGACCUGUACCACGCCCGCUGCCUGUGCCCACACUGCGUCAGCCUGCAGACAGGCUCCCACAAGGACCCCCUGGGCAACUCGGAGCUGCUCUACCACAACCAGACGGUCUUCUACCGGCGGCCAUGCCACGGCCAGCAUGGUGCCCAACGUAGCUACUGCCUGGAGCGCAGGCUGUACCCUGUGUCCUUGGCCUGCGUGUGUGUGCGGCCCCGUGUGAUGGGCUAGUCACGCCUGCCACCUGCCUGAGGCUGCUCCUUGGUUGGCACAACUGGAAAUGAAUGGACAGUGACCUUGCCACUGUGAGCCAGAGUACCUGGAUUCUCAGUCCCUCCAAGGCACUGCCUGGAGCAGCAAGACCCUGAGAUAGGACAGUGGUCUGAGGAAGAAACUACCUGUCUGCACUUUUUGAAAGCACUUUCGGAAGGCAGCAGCUGCACCUUCUGCUACUGAAAUCUGGUGUCCUGGCGUUUUCUCCCAGAAAAGGUCUGCAAAGCUCUGCCCAUUUCUGGAGGCCACACAUCUGUCCCCCUCUCUCCUCCCGUCUGCAGCUGCCCUGCCCAGCACAGGCACUUUCUUGAUAUUUUUCCAUUUUGCCCCUCAUUUCAUUCAUUCAUUCAUCAUCAAACACUCAGUGAAUCCUACUUGCCUGCAUCCUGGUGUAGUUACUAGGCCUUUGACACGAAUCAAUUCUGAGGAAAAAGCUGUUAUUGAACAUAGAGAGAUUUAUCCCAAUAAAUAUCUGUGUUUUAAAA